GUGAAACACUUCUCAGGCAGUGGUUCACUGCUUUUUUUUGCCUGUAGUGAGCCUCACAGGCUGCGUUAUUUCUGAAGAGGUGUCGUUUCAGAAUGAGGGGUGCUGUAGCUCUGCUGGUGUUGCUGCUCUGUCCGUCUGGGACAUGGACUCAGGGAGAAAGUGGAGGGGACAGAGAGAGUUUGGUAGAGAGCCACGGGACUGAAGAUACAGAGACGACUAGCAAGCAGACGACCGGCCAGACCAUCACAACCCCUGAUAUCUGGGGCGAGGUAGAGGAGCUUAGAGACAUGGUGGAUAACUUGGGAACCGUGGUUUUGGAGCAGAGACAGAAGCUGAGGAACAUGGAGAAACAAGUGGAAAGAAGGUGGAGAGAAAAAAGGAGCAGAGGAGCUGAGGCCAGACUGGAGAGUGAGAAUGCUGCCAUGGGCGCCAGACUGAGUGCCAGUGAAAGGGAGGUGGAGGAGCUGCAGAGAAUGAAUGCAGCCCUGGAGGCCAGAGUGACAGACAGUGAGAAUGGGAACACAGCUUUAGAGGCCAGACUGAAUGCCAGCGAGGGGAUGGUGGAGAAGCUGAGGAGAGAGAAUGCAGACAGACCAAAGGUGGCCUUCUCUGCUGGUUUGACUAACGAUGGACAUGUAGGACCCUUUAAUAGUAUCACCACACUAGUAUACAGAAGGGUCAUCACCAACAUCGGCAAGGCCUACAACCCAAAUACAGGUGUCUUCACAGCACCAGUGAGAGGACUCUACUACAUCAGAUUCACUGCCAUGGGUCUCAAGGGUCCACAGUCCAUAGGUGCCUAUAUUUACCACAACGACAAGAGUGUCAUGUUCAAUCACCAGAACAAUGACAAUGGGCGUAAUAGGUUCUUGUCUAAUGCGUUGACUCUAGAGCUGGAGGCCGGGGAUGUGGUCUACAUGCGUCUCCCAGUAAAUCAGGAGCUCUAUGAUGAAAAGUCGAGUAACUACAGCACCUUCAGUGGCUUCCUGCUCUUCCCUAUGUGAAGGGGGCACUCUGGUGUGAGUUUGAGAUCAAUCAAUUAUCCAGAUCAUUUGCACCAUUGAUGUAAAGCGACUCCUUCACUCCAUCCAGGCUUUUGCUUGUAUUUUUGACAAUGAGAAUUGCAGAGGAAAAAGAAAAUGAGAUAAUAUAUAAUCAUAAAAAUGAAUGAUUUAUUUGAUUUGAAAAUGUAAAAGGUUGUUACAUUCAUAUGUUGAUGGACAUAAGGUUAAAGCACAGCAUUGAUUUUCACUGCUACACAGACGAUACACAGCUUUACAUUUCCUUGUCACCAGAGUAUUUUAGCUCCACAGAUAAAGUAUUAGACUGUAUUAGUGAGUUAAAUACCUGGAUGGCUCACAACUUCCUCCAGCUAAAUCAAGACAAGACUGAGAUACUUAUUAUUGGAGCCAAUUAUUAGAGAGAAUUUGGCUCACAUUUUAAUUUACGGGCAAUGAAGGUGAAACACCAGGUACAAAACCUAGGUGUCAUUUUAGAACCUGAACUCAAUUUCAAAUCACACAUUAGGAAUGUGACCAAAAUAGCUUUUGACCACCUGAGGAAUAUUUCCAAGGUGUGGCUGUUUCUCUCUCAGGCUGAUACAGAGAAACUCUUUCCAUGCUUUUAUUACAAGCAGACUACUGCAAUGCUCUCCUGUCUGGUCUGCCCAAGAAAGCCAUUGGUCAACUGCAAAACAUACAGAACUCUGCAGCCCGGGUACUGACCAAGACCAGACGUAGAGCACACAUCACAUCAGUUUUAAAGUCUCUGCACUGGCUGCCUGAGGGUUUUUAUAUCAAUCCACAAUUGUGCACCCCAAUACAUGUCAGACAUACUAUUAAGUUAUGUACCCAGAUGGUCCCUCAGGUUUUCUGUCCCCAAAGCCUAGGACCAAGAAGUAUGGAGAGGCAUCCUUUUGUUAUUAUGCCUCCACAGUCUCUGGAAUAGCCUGCCAGAGAACCUGAGGGGGGCUGAAACUAUAGACAUAAUUUAAAAGAGAUCUUUUUAGUUUUGCUUUACCUAAGGGUGCUUUUUAGUUGUUCAGUCUUUGUUAUUCUUUAUUUUAUCCUCCUAUUUCAGUUUUGAAUUAAUGUUUUUUUUUCCCGUGAAGUGCAUUGUGUUGCGUUCAUGUCUGAAAUGUGCUGUAUAAAUAAAGCUUGAUUUAAUU